AUCUUCGCUUUUGGCUCCAAAACCCUAAAACCCAGACGACGGUCACCGGCGUGAUCGCCAUUCUCGUCUCGUUCAACCAUCUCCCAUGCUUUUCGCGGCACUUUGUAGGCCCCUCUAUCUACCCCCCUCUUCUUCCAUUUCCCAAGUUUUAUGAUUUCAAAAACCAUGCUCAGUUUUCUCAGCAGAGUUAGAAACCCCAACGGAUUCGUGUUUGAUUACAAACAAGGAUCGAACCCAUCGACAAACCAUCUCAGAUUCAUCUCAAAAGUCCCCGAAAACCCCGUUAAGGAUCAAUCUACUUCUUCAUCGACCGCAUCUUACCUCACAAACUCGUGCGGCCUCUGUCCUCAAUCUGCCCUCUCCGUUGCCCAAAAAAUCGGGCUCAGGACCACCGAGAACGCUGAUUCAGUCCUAAAUUUCCUCAAAUCCCACAGCUUCACGGACACCCAGAUCGCAAAGCUCAUCACCAGGGACCCAAGGCUCCUCCUGUUCGGUGUCGAAAGCGACCUGAAGCCGAAGAUCGACUUUUUCGUGGAUGCUGGUUUCUCUUCCGCUGAAUUUGCAAGCCUUGCUUGCUCCCACCCAUGUCUGCUCAGGUCAAGCCUGCAAAAUAGACUCAAGCCCAACUUCGAGCUGCUCAGCUGCAUGAUCGGAGAUAACAACAGGUUGCUUGUUGCCCUCCGCCGGAACAAUGGGUUGCUCGGCAGCAAUCUCGAAACCAAUUUCCUGCCCAAUGUUGGAAUCCUUCAAUCUUAUGGAGUCCCCUCUCCCAAAAUUGCCAAAUUAGCCGCCACCUACCCAAGGGUUCUGAUGUACAAAACCGAGAAGUUCGCCACGACCAUUGAAUCCGUUAGGAAGUUUGGGUUCGACCCGUCAAGAAGCCUCUUUAUCCAAGGAGUUUCCGUUUUGUCGCAGAUGAGCCCUUCGGCGUGGGAGAGAAAGUUGGGCAUCUAUAGGAGUUUGGGGUGGUCAGAAGAAGAGACCAUAUCGGCCUUCACCAAGCAACCAUGUUGUAUGACUCUGUCAGAGGAGAAGAUCAGGAAAACGAUACAUUUCUUCGUCAAGAGGCUGCAUUUGGAGCCAAAUUAUCUGGCGGCACGCCCUGUGCUUUUGCACCUUAGUCUGGAGAAGAGGGUCAUCCCUAGGUGUUCUGCGCUUAGCGUUUUAUCGUCGAAGAGGUUGAUAAAGGGAUUCCCCUGCGUACACUACGGAGCUCUCUUAAUAAGUGAGGACAAGUUCUAUGAUAAGUAUGUGAGAAGCUAUGUGGAUCAAGCUCCUGAGGUGCUUGAGGCUUACAAAGGAAAUUUAGAAUUCAUGGAAUUUACGGGCGGACCAUCAACUGUACAAGGGUCAUAUUUUACUCCUAUAAUCCUUAUGCCAGGCGCCAUUGUCGUCUGGUUCAAUCGCCGUUCCUCUUCUGAGUCUCAAAGAUCUCGUCGCCUUUUGCUGCAUUUUGGAUUCACCGCGAAGUCAGCAAUAAGCCUUUUGACAUGGGAGAGGAAGUUGGGUGUGUAUAAGAGUAUGGGGUUUUCAGAAGGAGAGAUCAUCUCGGCAUACGCCAAGCAACCGGGCUGCAUGCUUAUAUCGGAGAAGAAAAUCAGUCAAAAGGUAGAUUUCUAUGUCAAGAGGAUGCAUUUGGAACCGAAUUAUUUGGCGGCACGCCCUGUGCUUCUGUGUCUUAGCCUGGAGAAGAGGGUCCUCCCAAGGUGUUCUGUGCUUCGCGUUUUAUCAUCAAAGAGGUUGAUAAAGGGAUUUCCCUGUGUACACUUUAAAGCUUUCUUAUUAAAUGAGGAAAUGUUCUAUAAUCAAUAUGUGAGCAAGUAUAUGGAUCAAGCUCCUGAUGUGCUUGAGGCUUACAAAGGAAAUUUAGAAUUUGUGGAAUCUGAGGGUGGACCAUCAACCGGACAAGGCUCAUAAUUAUGUGGCGCUAUUUGCUUCUUCGCUGUAUCUCUCAGCGCCUGUUGAUAUAGUUCAGCUUCUUUCAUCCUUUUCUGGUUUGAUGUAUAGGACUUGAUACUGGAGGAUACUUUAGAAAAGUUACCCUUAUUCUAGAUCUGCAGUUACUUAAGGAUUAUAAUCAUGUUCACAAUUUAAGUCCUUCAGUUUGUUUAUGUUAAAAAGCAGAUGUCUUUAUGUGGCAUCACUUCUAACCUAUUUACUUAUGUGUUGCUGAUUGGAGUUAGUAUGUUAGAUUAUGUUGUUUACUGUAAUUGUCUGUAACUUUUACUUGUAAGACUGGUCUUAUCAUCAUCAUCAUCAUCUUCUUCUUCUUCUUGUUUCUAUUAUGAUCUUUUGAGACCAA